AUGUGGCGCUGCGCAGGGGUUUGUCGGGCAGUCACGUGUGACCACCUGGGCCAGGUGGCGGUGCUGCGCAUCGCAGAAGCUUUCUCGCAAGACGACAACGUAUCAAGCCAGCGCUGGCGUGCCCAGUCCCUGGCCGGUCUGUCGAUUGGAGCGACGGGCAUUUGCUUGAGCCGCCCUGGGGGCCACUGGGUUCAGGGGGUUCAGGGGGCGACGGCAUUGGCACUCACGUCAGAUCGAGGCGGGGUGCCUCUUGAUUUUGGGGUGUGUGCACCGGCUGGCCCAGCCUUGGUGGCGCCAACACAGCUUGCCGACGGCGAGGGCGAUGUGUCAUUGUCACAGUCCCCGGCCAAGGUAGCGGCUGUGGACAUGCGUGAUGGACGAGAAGUGUGGUGGGCUGCGGGGGCACACGUGUAUGUGUACGACUUGCGUUCUGGCACCACGCCAGUGGCGCGGGUGCAUUGCGGUUCGACGGGCUCGGCCCGGGCCUGUGCCCGGCACCCAGAUCAUGCCGCGCUUGGUGCGGUGGCUACCGAGACAGGGCUGCAUGUGUUGGAUGCGCGCUGGCCCGAGAUGCCGGUUCUUGACUUGACAUGUCACGUGGCGCGCGAGUUUGAGCGCUCAAGUGGGUGCUAUCGUACGACGGCGCGUGACGCCCAUACUGGGGUGACCAUGUUGGCGUGGGAAUCGGGACGAGAGACCUUGCUAUCGACCAAUGGGCGCCACACGGUGUUGUGGAGUUUGCAUCGAGCCACGCAAGAGCCCGAGCGCAGCGGCAUUACGACAGUCCUGCCUCGAGCCCGCUUCUUUCUCCGGGAUGCUUGCUCCAAAAUGAUGGCGUUGGGGGGUGCAAACAGCCUGCAGCUAGGACGACUUGGGCAGCAAGACAAGGCCGCGCCCGCAUGGUACUUGGACGCGGUCCAGCGCUGCCAUCACUGCCAUCACGUCCAGCGCUGCCGUCAUCAUCACGGCCGUGUGGCCACUGGCGCGCUCUCUCUCGACAUCGAGGUUGGGGAGGCAAAGGUUGGUGGUCGUAUGCGUCGGUCGUUGAAUCAACAGGUGGCCAUUAAGAAUUGGAAGAACGGCAUCCGUCAUUGCCUGAGUGGCCUUCCCUGUUUCUACAAACCCGACGACAGCACCCGCUGGUUCAUGCGCGAGGACCUCUUGCCCACAAAGGCCAAAAAGUCGCUCAAUCGCUAUCGUGAACUCCAUGCCGCCACCCCCACCCGACCCGUCCAAGAUUGUGUCUAUCAAGUCCUGCACGAAAUUUGCAAGCGUCGCGAACGCGGCAGCGCCAGCAAAUUGCUCAACAGUCUCGCCUCAAACGCCCACUCAGAGAACAGCAACAGCCCGGCCCUCACCGCCUCACCGGCCUCGGUUUCCGCUACCUCCGCCGCCUCGGACCAACACAAGCAGCAGAAACUUGCCGCUCAAUCGCAACAAAUGCCUCAGCAAAUGCCUCAACAGCCACAACACCCCAUGAUGAUGAAUCAACAGCAGCAACAACAACUUGCCGCCCAGAUCUCAAUGGCCUCGCUCGCGCAAAUGCCUCCGCAAAUGCAGUCCAUGAUGGCCCAAGCCAUGCUCUCGGGCGCCGCCUCCUUCAUGCCCAACGGCAUGCCCCUCUAUGCCUGGCCCACCAUGUGCAUGCCCAACGCGGGCAACCCCAAGGAUGGCCAGUUUGCCAUGCCCAUGUCCAUGGCUGGAGCCAUGCCUGCCAGCUCCAGCACUGGCAAUUUUCCCCCGGUCUUUAUCAUGCCCCAGUCCUUCAUGCCCAUUGUCAACAGCUCAUAA